AUGUCAUUGCAGGACGUAUACAAGAGGUUCCUUGGUUCGCCAAGCGCCGCUGCGCUCUCGGACGACGCCUCCCUACACUACAUCACAACCACCACCAGCGUUGCCGGCGCAUCCAAUAUCACCAAGCAUCUCUCUACCGUCGCCAGCCAGGUGAAGAAGGAGAAGGAGAACGUUCUCUAUGCCAUCGAAGGCCAAGAUGCCCUCGCUCUAGAGGUCAACACCUCCCUCGAAUUCCUCAUUGAUGGAGGCCCCUAUCUCCCUGGUCUGGAUGACAAUUACGUCGCCGAUCGCAAGGUCAACUUUACUAUUUUCCACAUCGUGACGUUCAACAGCGACGGCAAGAUCACACAGAUCCGACAAAGCUGGGACCAAGGCUCGCUUCUUAGGCAAAUUGAGGUUAUUGGCAGGUCCGGUCGCAACUGGCCAAUUCGCGACAGCAAAGAUCAGAUCAACCUGAUCAACAGAUGCAUCAAGGAAGGCGGCACUCCCGCUACCGACAACCAAGGCUCCACGAGCACCCGUCCCAAGGCUACCAACGCCAUGCGUGAUCCUCAUGCGUCGCUUUCUCUGUUCGCUCCUCGCGAAGAGGUCGCAACCCCACCAGAGCCCGUUGUCUCUCCCAAGGCUGGUUCCGCGAGGCACUUCCAGCCCAUCCGUCUCUUCGAGACUGACGAGAAUAUGCCCGAAAUUCCCGAUACACCCCAGUCGAUCCAUUCUGUUCAACGCAAGGUGAAGCCCGAUCCGACAAAGUACAAGCACUUCGACUUUGCCGACGGUUCCGAUCCCGCCGACGCACCCCAGCCUGGUGUUCCCUUCGACAAGAAGCCCAAGACCAAGCAUGACAGCCAGUGGUCUUUCGACGACUUUAACUCCCCCGAGAGGCCAGCUCCUACCCGUACCAUUGUCAAGAGUUUCCUUAGCAGCGUUGACGACGAAGACCACCAAGGCCCUUCGACUCCGCAAAACAAGGCAUCGCGUAAGCUGCGCCGUGAUGAUGCGACUCACUUCAAUGUUGGCAACGACGGCCCAUCUCCCGAGGUUCAGAAGAACAACCGCGGCGCUGGCACGAACGCAGCCUCUCACUUGUAUGACGACGACCUUAUGAAGGCUGAUGGUAGUGCGCCAUCGCCGGUCCAGAGAAACAACCGCGGCGCUGGUACGAACGCAGCCUCUCACUUGUAUGACGACGACCUUAUGAAGGCUGAUGGUAGUGCGCCAUCGCCGGUCCAGAGAAACAACCGCGGCGCUGGCACGAACGCAGCCUCCCAUUUGUAUGACGAUGACCUCAUGAAGGCUGACGGUAGUGCGCCAUCCCCGGACCAGAGAAACAACCGCGGCGCUGGCACGAACGCAGCCUCCCAUUUGUAUGACGAUGACCUCAUGAAGGCUGACGGUAGUGCACCAUCCCCGGACCAGAUAAACAAGCGCGGCGCUGGCUCAAAUGCAGGCUCCCACUUGUAUGACGACAACCUCAUUAAGGCUGAUGGUAGUGCGCCAUCGCCUGCCCCCCGUGCGCUAAGCAACAUCACCAACGCCAAGAACAGGGAGAAACACUUUGAGCCUCACUUUGAGAUCUCUGAUGAAUCGCCCCAGGCUGAGAAGGGUGCCAACGGUCGCUCCAAGGCCAUCGAGGAUCGCCAAGCGGCUCAGCGUGGAUUGGAAAGUCACUGGUCGAUGGAAAACGAAUCGCCUGUACAAAGAAAGGUGAAUUCGAACACCGGAAUCACCAUUGCAGGUGAUGGUAUGGGUAGCCGAAAGGGAUUCGAGGCCAGCACCGCUGUCAACAAGGGCAUCACUAUUGCCGGAGAUGGCAUGGGCGGCAAGAAGGGAACGCAGCGGAACUGGCUUACUGAGGAGGAGGAACCUCAGGACCUACACCUCCAAAACCGAAAUCCCGGCAAGAGGCAGACCCAAAAGUCUGAUAACUUUUGGGACUUCUAA